AUGGGAAUCAAAAUUGCAAUAUUUGUUUCAGCAAUAAUAGGAUUGUUAUGUGCAUUUAAGAUAUUUUCAUACUUGAGUGUGCCAUCUUAUUAAUCAAUUAUACACAUCAAUAGAGAUCAUGAUAUAAAAAUUUAUAGAGAUAAAUUUGGUGUGCCUCACAUUUAAGCACACUCAGUACCAGAUGCUCUAUAUGCUUAAGGGUUUGUUUAAGCUUAGGAUAGAUUAUGGUAGUUGCAUAUUAGAAAAAUGGCAUCUUAAGGUAGAUUAUCUGAGAUUUUUGGAGAGCGUACUUUAAAAGUUGAUUAGUAUUUUAGAGGCUUAGAUUACUAGGAUUCAGCUAGAAGGAUUGUUAAUUAAUUGAGUUCAGAAAGCUAAUAAUUAUUCUAAGCCUAUGUAGAUGGAAUUAACAAAGGAAGAAGCACUUUUACUCUCUUACCAAUAGAAUUCUAAUUGACUCGUUCUAAUUUUAUCGAGUGGGAAAUAUUUGAUAUGAUAUGCUUUAUUAAAUUUAUGGCUUAAACAACUAUGAAUGAUUUCCAUUUUGAAAUGAUGAGAUCAUCCAUUAAGGAAUUUGAUUUAGAAACAAUUAAAUACUUAACAGGUAUAGGACCAGACAAUCUAUUUGACAUUGAAACUACGACAAUAAAUGAAUAGGAAUUGAAGUAAUAAACUAAUUUACACAGUGACUAAUUUCACAAUAUAACAUCACCAUCAAAUAUUUAGGUUGCUGAUCUUAUGCAAUCCUAUAAGUUUUUGAUUGAUAAUGUUAUUCCUUUAAGUGUGGGAAGUAAUAGUUGGGCAGUGCAUGGAAACUUCACUAACACAGGUUAUCCGUACUUAGCAUCAGAUCCCCACUUAGAAAAUGGGUUGCCAUCUCAAUGGUAUUAGAGUUCAACAACUUUUCCAAAUGGAGAUUUCGUUGCAGGAGGAGCUGUUGUGGGUCUUCCUUAUAUUUUAUCAGGUAGAACAAAGAAUAUGGCAUGGGGAAUCACCAUUUCAUAUUCUGAUGCUAGUGAUUUGUAUGAAGAAUAAUUAAAAGAAAUUAAUGGGAAAAUGCAUUAUUUAUUCUAGGAAAAAUGGUACCCAACCAAAGAAAAAGUUGAACUUAUCCAUUAUGGAGAUAAGACAUACUAAAUGACAAUUCAUAGAACUCAUCAUGGGCCUAUCUUGAAUUUCUACUUUGAUGAUAGAGGAACCAAAACUAUCAAAUAAUUAGACAAGACCUACUCUUUAAGAUCAUUAAUUGACAUUGAUGAUAUUUAUGGACCAGAGUACUUUAAAUACAUUAUUAUUUUAGAGCAAUGUUACGUUUCAUUUAAGGAUCAGAUCUAAGUGAAUAAUUGAAGCUUCUCAAAAAGGUUGUGUAUCCAGGAUUAGGAAUGAUCUUUGCUUCAUAAAAAGAUGUAGCUUAUAUGAUAGUUGGAAAAUAAGUGAUAAGAUCAGGAAAUCCUGAUGAUUAUGGUUUUAUAAAAAAGGGAUGGAAUGGAGAAACAGAAUGGUUAGGGUUUAUUCCUGAAAAUGAGCAUCCAAUUAUAAUUAAUCCCCCCAAAGGAUUCGUUGCUACUGCUAACAAUAGAUUCUUCCCUAAAAACGAGAAGUAUCAUAGUAAUUGGAAUAUCAAUCCUACUGGCAGAGCUCAUAGAAUUUAUUAAGUUCUAUCUGAAAUUGUCCCAAAUAAGGUUAGUUAUGAAUAAAUGAAAUAAUUACAAUUAGAUACAGUUGAUAGCUAUGCAAAGUAAAGCUGGCCAGCUUUAAAAAAGUUAAUUCAAUCUCAAUAUUUUAAAGAACAAAUAGAUUCUUGGGAUUUCAAUUUAAGUAAAGAAUCAAAACAAGCCACUCUUUAUAUGUUAUUUGAACAUUUUUACUCUAAAAGUUUUCCAAACUUACCUCCUAGAUGGUCAUAAACAUACAAUUUCGAUUCUUUCUUUUUCCAUGAAAUAACAAGAUUUAAGGAAAAUGGAGCAUGGUGUCUACCUUAUACAUGCUCAUAACUCUUAAAUUAUGCAGUUGAAAAGGCUGUCGAACAUUACAAAUAAUUACCAAAACAGGGAUGGGGAAACAAUCAUAAAAAAUUUUAAGGACAUUUUACCUUUAAGGAUAAAUUCUUUGGUAUUUUUGAUAGAGAAAUACCAUUUGGUGGAAACAGAAGGUUUAUUAUAUAUGCUAAUAUUAUAGAACUCCAUCUGUGUCAACAUUUGAUAUAUCUCAAUUUCCAUUUAGAGGUUUGGCUGGAGCAAAUUAUAGAAUGCUUGUAUCUAUGGCACCUGGUGAUGUUGGUUAAUUCAUUGUAGAUGGUGGAGUUAGUGGAAAUCCUUUGUCUGAACAUUAUGACGAUCAAUUAUCAAUAUAUGCAGAAGGGAAGUACAUAGCAAUGUAUCAGAAACAAUUUGACAAGCUAACUUUGCUUAAAAGAGCUGAAUAGAGUGAGGAUUUAUGA